AUGGCCAAGCAGUUCUGGACCUCCUGUCUUUUCCCACUGUUUCUAGCUGCCUUGUCUCAGGGGACUAUGGAUCCUCAAAAAACAAAGGUGGAUUGCGACAAAGGGGUGGCUGGCACCAUCUAUGAGUAUGGAGCCAAGACCCUGAAUGGUGGGGAGUAUGUCCAGUUCCAGCAGUAUGCAGGAAAGCACAUCCUCUUUGUCAACGUGGCAUCCUUCUGUGGCCUAACAGCUACUUAUCCCGAACUGAAUACAUUGCAGGAGGAGCUGAGGCAGUUCAAUGUCGUUGUUUUGGGCUUUCCUUGCAACCAGUUUGGAAAACAAGAACCUGCAAAAAACUCAGAGAUCCUCCUUGGACUCAAAUAUGUGCGUCCAGGAGGUGGCUAUGUCCCCAAUUUCCAGCUCUUUGAGAAAGGGGAUGUGAAUGGAGAAAACGAACAAAAGUUUUUUUCUUUCCUAAAGAAUUCCUGCCCUCCCACCUCUGAACUUUUGGGAUCUUCAGAAUAUCUCUUCUGGAAUCCCAUGAAGGUCCAUGACAUCCGCUGGAACUUUGAGAAGUUCCUGGUGGGGUCUGAUGGGGUCCCUGUCAUGCGCUGGUUCCACAUGACUCCUGUUCGCACUGUCCAGUCUGACAUCAUGGAGUACCUAAACCAAACCCGUACCCAGUAG